UUCCGCGACUUAUUUACGCCCUGUUUCUUCCUGGUAAAACAAAACGUGCCGAAAACCAUUGCUAAAAGUCAAGUCUUUCUGGGGUUACUAGUUCACUGAUUAACGCUGCAAUCAUUCAAGAAGAAGACUGAAGUAACUGCCUGUACAAUGGUAGCAUGCGUUGGCCUUAAGGCCUGUGUAUUUACUUUACUCGCGAUACAUUGCAGUGCUCAGUCAACUCAGUCAGUUGACUCAGUUCAGAAUACGACAGUGACACCGAGUGCCAAACCGAGUGCGUCUUCAUCAGCGGCAGAUUUAUCAUCAUCAACCAUCGGCAUCAUCAACCCGUCGUCAACUGCUGGAAGCGUUGCUUCUUCUCAGACUUCCUCUUCUAUUUCGACUGCACCAACAACUUCCACAUCCACUGCCAAACCAACUACACAAAGUCCAAUUCCUGCAAACAGGGCUGAACACAAAGCUGACUUUCCUAAAAUCUCGAAACGUACUCAUGAAGAAUCUGAAAUUGAGUAUGAAGGUUAUGAUGGAUGGUACAAUAAUAGGGCUCAUCCUGAGUGGGGAGCUGUUGAUAUGCCGCUGACCCGACGAAUACCAUCGCAUUACGAGGAUGGCGUUUACCAACCUUCCGGAUCACGUCGCCCCAAUCCCCUGACACUCAGCGACAAACUCAUGAAAGGUGAUUUUGGACAGGGAUCUCACCAAGAUAAAAGUGCUCUUUUGGUUUUCUUUGGUCAGCAAGUCGUGGAAGAAAUACUCGAUGCUCAACGACCUGGCUGCCCUCCAGAAUAUUUCAAUAUCGAUAUACCUGAUGAUUACCCAGGUUAUAAAGAUACUGAGGGUAGUCCAAAGAUUAUUCCUUUUUUGAGAUCCAGAUAUCAUAUGGGCACCGGAUAUUCGCCUAAUAAUCCAAGACAGCAGCUGAAUGAGAUCACACCGUGGUUGGAUGGUGGUCUAACAUACGGCGUGGCUAAGGCAUGGGCUGACGCUUUGAGAAGUUUUAAAGAUGGAAAAUUAGCGAAAAGCAAAGAUGGCAACUGGCCUGAAGAAAACGAGAUUGGGUUACCUAUGGCGAACCCGCCACCACCUGCCAACCAUAAGUUGAAGAAUGCCGAGCGAUUUUUCAAACUUGGUAAUCCUCGAGGAAAUGAAAAUCCAUUCCUGUUGACCUUCGGGAUUUUGUGGUUCCGAUUCCAUAAUAUAAUGGCGGAAAGAAUUAAGAAUAGGACAAACGAGAGCGAUGAUGAAAAAUUAUUCAACGAAGCAAGAAAAUGGGUAAUUGCUGUCCAUCAGAAAAUCGUAUUUUAUGAUUGGCUGCCAAAAUUCCUCGGACAAGAUCCUGAAGAUUUCAAAGCAAAAGAUAAUUACACUUACUCCUCAGCUGUCCAUCCAGGUGUAACACACGUGUUCCAGUCAGCGGCUAUGAGAUUUGGCCAUACAAUGGUCACACCUGGUGUGAUGAGAAGAUUGAAGGGCAAAUGUGGAAGAUUAAAAACAACAAGGCACUCAAGUGAUCUAGAAGACAAUUCAGGAGUUGGAAGAGACGGGGUUAGAACCUGUAACUCCUUCUGGAACCCACAGAUCCCCAUUCAAGAAAAAAAAAAUAAUAGUAAUGAGCCAUUAGACAUUGAUGCAUUUAUUCUUGGCAUGUCGUCUCAAAACGCGGAAAGAGAAGAUAACAUCAUCACAGAGGAUCUACGAGGUUUUGUUUUUGGUGGCUUGGAUUUUUCCCGCCGCGAUUUAAUGGCAGUUAACAUUCAGCGUGGACGGGAUCAUGGUUUACCUGACUAUAAUACAGCACGGGAGGCUUAUGGACUAGCAAGAAAAGAGAACUUUAGCGAUAUAAGGGCGAAUGAUUCUUCUAUUUUACCUGAGAUAUAUGAUGCGUUGAAAGAUGUGUCAGGAGGUGAUAUCAACAACAUCGAUAUUUGGGUUGGUGGUCUACUGGAGACAUCAAAAAGAGGUCCUGGAGAAUUGUUUUCUACAAUUAUUGAAGAUCAAUUCAGGCGAAUUCGCGAUGGCGAUAGAUUCUGGUUCGAAAAUAAGGACAAUAACCUCUUCACCGACGAAGAAAUUGAAGAAAUUCAUAAUAUCACUUUAUAUGAUAUCAUCCUUAUGACAACGGAUAUUUCGGCUGAUGAUAUUCAGAAAGAUCCUUUCUUUACAACCGGAAGUCCGUGUCCGUUAGGAACCCUUACACCUAACGACGUUGAAAAUUGUACGAUCCCGAAGACAUUUGAUUACUUCCAAGGCAGUGAAGCGUCUUUUGCACUGACAUUCACAUUUUGCGGAUUGUUCACUGUUGGUGUAAUCUUGACGAUGCUGGCCCUGGCGAAACGACGUCAAAAAAUGCUGGCUGAGAAAAGAAAGAUGAACCGGCGUAAAACACAACGGAAUAGCAAAGCUGCCGAAAACGAAUUUAUUGCGGCUGAGUGGAGGCGUAAUCUUCCCGAUAGGACAGUCAAAGUAAAGUUAGGGCCAGGCAAGAUCAUCAAGGUUUCAUCUGAACGAGGCCAGCUGCUUCGCACUGUGGAUCUCAGAGGGAUGGAAUGGAUUAUCGUUUUCUUGCAAAGCGACCGAGAACAAACUAUGUUGUCUGCCAGAAUGGACAGGGAAUAUGAUAUGAUUUUGAAGUUUGACAGUGAAACUCAAAGAGGCGAAUUCCUACAAAGUUUUGAAGGAUUCCUGAAUAGUCAUGAGAUCAAGACUAACAGGAAUGAAAUGAAAACGCAAAUGUUGAUAUCAUCCGCGCACACAAAAGAAGAUCGACAAAAAAGACUUGAAAAAUUCUUCCGAGUUGCAUUUGCACACGCUUUCGACAUCGAAUACCAAGAUCAAGACUUCUCCGAGCGAAUGGGCGAAGCAAAGGAAGUCCUUUCAUGUGAACUGUCGAGAACAGAGUUCGCCGAAGCUCUUUCUCUGAAACCUAAGUCACUCUUCGUGGAACAGAUGUUUGACCUGGUUGAUAAGGAUCGCAAUGGAUACCUGUCUUUCCGAGAAUUCCUUGACGUCAUUGUUAUCUUUGCUAAAGGUAGUCCGGAUGAAAAAUUGAGAUUGUUUUUCGAUAUGUACGAUGUUUCUGGUAAUCAAACUAUGGGUCGAGAUGAAUUUAAGCAAAUGAUCAAGUCGUUCAUGGAACUGGUAAACGCCGAUGUGGAAUCAGAUCAGUUGGACGCCCUCACUGACUCUAUGUUCUCGCAAGCUGGAUUCACGACAAAAGAUGAACUGACUUUCGAUGAUUUCAGAGCUGUCAUGGCUGAGUAUAAAGAAAACUUAGAAGACGCUCAGCUUAAUUUGUCUGGAACAGGAGUUGAUGUACCUAAAACGGCAACGGCGGAUAAGAAGAAAAGAGAGAAUGCUCCGACUCGCGCACGAAAAACUGUCAUCAAACACCUUAACACGACACCUGCUCGUACUGCAAAGCGAAAUCCGACAAGAGUUAAAAUUGCCACGAAGAAGACAAAGGAUUAUGAUAAUGUGAUUGUCAAAUACUGGACACACUUCGCAAGAUACGUUUCAAAUCAUUUGUCAGAUAUCUUUAUUGCUGUUUUGUAUACCUUGGUGCUCAUCGCUAUCUUUGCUGAAAGAGCUUAUUACUAUUCUGUCGAACGGGAACACGGUGGCUUACGACGUAUCGCUGGUUAUGGUGUGACAGUAACUCGUGGUGCUGCAAGUGCAAUGAUGUUUACGUAUUCCUCGCUAUUGGUGACAAUGUGUAGAAACCUCAUCACUUUCCUGAGAGAGACAUUCGUUGGACAUUAUGUUCCUUUUGAUUCUAAUGUUCUUUUCCAUAAAUAUAUCGCACUCUGGGCACUGUUCUUCACAGUCCUUCACUGUAUUGGCCAUUCUAUCAACUUUUAUCAUGUCGCAACCCAACCACCAAAUGAUUUGACUUGUCUCUUUAGAAACUACUUUCACAGAUCUCACGAACUUCCUAAAUUCCAUUAUUGGUGUUGGGAAACAAUCACAGGUCUGACCGGAGUCUUCCUGCUUCUUGUGGUUGUGGUUAUGUAUGUAUUCGCAACACAGUACUCAAGACGUCAUGUCUUUACAUCAUUCUGGCUCACCCAUCAGCUAUACAUCGUUCUGUAUCUCCUCAUGGUCCUUCACGGCAGCGGUAACCUUGUACAGCGGCCGUUCUUCCAUUUAUUCUUCCUCGGUCCAGGAAUUCUGUUUGCGCUUGAUAAGCUGGUCAGUAUGUCACGAAAGAAAGCUAAUAUUGCGGUGAUGAAAGCAGAACUGCUGCCCUCGGAAAUCAUCUGUUUGGAGUUCAAGCGUCCACCAAACUUCGAAUACAAAGCAGGACAAUGGUGUCGUAUUGCCUGUGUCAGCCUGGGCGGUGGGGAGUAUCAUCCUUUCACCCUGACCUCAGCCCCGCAUGAAGACAAUCUGAGUCUUCACAUUCGUGCUGUGGGUCCCUGGACCAUCAACCUUCGUCAGACUUACGACCCCGCCAAUCUUCAAUCAAAAGCAUAUCCACAGUUAUAUUUGGACGGGCCAUUCGGAGAGGGUCAUCAGGACUGGUAUCGCUAUGAAGUCUCAGUAUUGGUUGGAGGAGGAAUUGGAGUCACUCCUUUUGCUUCAAUUUUGAAAGAUAUUGCUCACAAGGGAACAAUAAAGUCCACGUUUGCCUGCAAAAAGGUUUACUUCAUCUGGGUAACUCGUACACAGAAACAUUUUGAAUGGCUGACCGACAUUAUCCGCGAAGUUGAGGAAAAAGAUCAGAACGAUCUUGUUAGCGUUCAUAUUUUUGUCACUCAGUUUUACCACAAGUUUGACUUGAGAACUACCAUGCUGUAUAUCUGUGAGCGUCAUUUCCAGAAGAUCUCAGGCAAAUCUCUGUUCACUGGAUUGCGAUCUAUCACUCAUUUUGGACGUCCUGACUUUUUAUCUUUCCUGGAAUCUCUUUCAUCUACCAUCCACCCUGAGGCAUCUAAGAUCGGAGUUUUCAGUUGUGGACCACCUGCGAUGACACGAGGUGUAGAAAGCGCAUGUGCAGAGUUGAACAAAACCGAAGGAGCUGCAUUCAUUCAUCAUUUCGAAAAUUUCUAAGAAAAAUAUUUCCCCACUCACUACUCUGUUGGUGGGUUUCUGCUAGGCUUUAUUAUGGUGUUAGACGUGGACCACUAUGUAGAAUUAUCGACACUUGAAAAUAUAUACUAAACGAUCCAUUACAUGCAUUUACUAUCGAACACAAGGUCACAUCAGCACACUCUCACUAAACACUACAUAAAGUACUGCACAUGGUCGUCAACUUAUUAAUACAUUGUCAUUCAUUGAAACGAGAAAGUUGUGUUACAUAUGUCUUAUUACCCCUGCUCCCUUAUACACAAGGUACCAUAGAAAGCACUUAAGAUUUAUAUUUUUUAUAGUCAAAAGCACUCAUUGCUGCAGCCUUUAAAUCAACAAGUCGUUACUUACGGACAUUCAAGAUUCGCUUUUUUAUCAGCGAUUACACUUUUAAAAAUUACUCAUAAAAACUUUCCAUUUUUGAGUUGACCACCAUGUGCUGUACUGUAGGUAACACGUGUCCAGUGAAGCCUACUAAUUAUUGUAUAUUUUGUUCUCAGUGGUCUGUCGUUAAUAUAACCUAAACUUUGAAGAUAUUAUGAAACAUUUUUAAUCGUAAUAGCUUGCAUUCUAUACAUCUUACUUCAUUUUACUGUUGUUUGAAUAAAUUAAUAUCUUUGUA